GAAGUCAUUCACUGGAUUUGAAAGGUAGAAAAGGUUUUCAAUUUCUUUGAAUAAGGAAAAAAAUUAGGUUUUAUUACAAAAAAAAAAAAAAAAUAAUUAGGUUUGGGAGGGCAUUCACUGCUUUUGGAGCUACGCAAGAUUUGUUAAUCUCGAAUUCUGGUUUGUGCGAGUAAGAUGGGAGGAGUGGUAGAGAAUGAGAUUGAAGAACCCAACGUGAAGAGAGGAAAACAGAGUGAGAACAAUGAAGACAGGCUCAGUGAUUUGACUGAUUGCGUUCUCAUUCACUUGAUGUCAUUUGUACCAACAAAAGACGCUGUUCGAACUUGCGUGUUGUCGAGAAGAUGGAAGGACCUCUGGAAGCGUCUUCCGACGCUCGUUUUACAUUACUCACAUUUUGGAGCGGUGGCACGUUUAAACAAAUUUGUGGCUAGGGUUCUAUCUUUCCGUGAUGGCUCUGUUCCAGUCCAUCAUUUUGACAUCUAUUUUAAUGGUCGUGUUCCUCCCCAACAUGUGAAAAGGGUUUUGAGAUAUGCUUUAUCGCAUAAUGUCAAGCAAUUAAAACUCUCUUUUGAUUGUGAUCUCGAUUGGCAGCCACCUGGCUUAUUUUUCUGUCAGACAUUAACAUCACUUGAUCUUGAGGUCUUCAGCAGAUUUAACUCAUUUCCAAAAUCUCUGAACUUGCCAGCUUUAACAAGUUUGCGUCUUUAUAACUUUGUCUUCGGUGACAGUGAAUUGCUGGAGCCCUUUUCGUCAUGUCCUAAGUUGAAGACUUUGGUCAUUGACAAUUGUGAUGUAAGGGAUACACAAACUCUCUGCAUUUCAAAUGCUACUCUUGUCAAUUUGACCGUAUGUUCUAUUAAAAGACAAGCUUACAGCCUUGUGCUAUCAACUCCCAAUCUUUGUUCUUUUGUUUUCUCGGGUAUUCCUGCUCAGCAAAUCUCUGGAAGCCUUCAUUCUUUCUCUAGCAGCGUUCUUUCUUUAGUUAAAGAAUUAAAUAUUGAUGUCAAUGAUUGGUUUGUAUCAAGUUACUUGGAAUUGGAAUCAAUUAUGAGAAAAGGAAAUAUUAAUGUUGGAAAAUGGAGAACACCUUACUUGGAAACAGCUUAUACCAUGAAUUGUUGGCUGCAUAUAUUUGCAAACGUAACAACAUUAACACUCUCUUCAAGUGCUCUUCAGAUUUUCUCCUUAGUCACAGAUUGGUUGAAUGCUAACACUGCCGCCCCUUGCUUGAGUAACUUGAAGUCAUUGAUAGUGAAACUGAAGAAGCUUCCCUAUCAAAAGCCACGAAAAGCUUCCAAAUCAAGGAAAGCACAAUUGAAAGCGUCUUCACCUGUACCUGAUGGAGUAGUGGAUUACCUGAUUCAAAACUCCCCAUCUGCGGGGAUUACUAUCAUAGAUUGGUAAAGCCAUCGACGUUAAUGGUGGUGAAGUUUACAUGUCAUUUUGAGGACAUAAGUGGUGAAUAUUUGACUGGGGCAGUAUUUGGGCGGUGAAAUGGGGGUCAGUGUGAUUGUCCGAACUGAUUGGUUUGCUAUGUUUUUUUGAGAUAUAAGAUCUUGGCUUAAUUUGUUUGAAUUAGUUAUUAGACUAGAAGCUAGUUGAAAAAUCUGGUGGUGAACUGGGCAGUACUUUGUAUGUUUUAUUAAAUUCUUUUUGGAUUUUAAAGAUACUAAAU